AUGUCCAGAUUUGAGAAAAUGCUCAAUUUCACUGAUGUGACCGAAUUCAUUCUUCUUGGACUGACAAGUCAUCGGGAAUUACAAGUUAUCUUCUUUGUCAUCUUUCUAAUAGUUUAUGUAAUCACCAUUGUGGGAAAUGUGGGCAUGAUUAUACUAAUCAAGGUCAGUCCCCAGCUCAGCAGCCCCAUGUACUUUUUCCUCAGCCACCUGUCUUUUGUGGAUGUGUGGUUCUCCACCAACGUCACCCCCAAAAUGCUGGAAAAUUUGAUAUCAGAGACUAAAACCAUUUCCUAUGCCAGCUGUUUAGUUCAAUGCUUUUUCUUCAUUGCCCUUGUCCAUGUUGAAGUCUUUAUCCUGGCUGUGAUGGCCUUUGAUCGUUACAUGGCCAUUGGUAACCCUUUGCUCUAUGGUAGUAAAAUGUCAAUUGUGUGUAUCCGGUUGAUCUCUUUCCCAUAUAUCUAUGGCUUCCUCACUAGUUUGGCAGCAACAUUGUGGACUUACGGGUUGUAUUUCUGUGGGAAUAUUGAAAUCAACCACUUCUACUGUGCAGACCCUCCACUUAUCAAAAUGGCCUGUGCUGGCACAUAUGUAAAGGAGUAUACAAUGAUCAUACUGGCUGGUAUUAACUUCACAUACUCCCUCUCUGUCGUAAUUAUUUCUUAUCUGUUUAUUCUCAUUGCUAUCCCCCGAAUGCAUUCCGCAGAAGGAAGGAGGAAAGCUUUCUCCACCUGUGGAUCCCACUUGACAGCUGUUGUUAUAUUUUAUGGGACUCUCAUCUUCAUGUAUCUCAGGCGCCCCACUGAGGAGUCAGUGGAACAGGGGAAAAUGGUGGCUGUGUUUUAUACCACAGUAAUCCCCAUGCUCAAUCCCAUGAUCUACAGCCUAAGGAACAAAGAUGUGAAAGAGGCCAUGACCAAAGUGAUAAGCACAGCAUGUUUAGCCAAAUAA